AUGGAACCCAAUGAUUCUACCUUAAAAGCCCUGGACGUAAGUUUCCGAGACGCCCUCAAUGCUCAGUGCGGAAGGCUUCGCAGAACACCUGUACAAGCCGCGGCCGCGUGCGGUCAUCUCUAUGUUGUCAGAAAUCUUCUCGGCAAAGGCGCAAAUCCAAACGUUAAGAGCGCAAAAGGGGCAGAUCAAAAUAUAAAGAGCGCAAAAGAAUGCGAAGCAGGGAGCCCACUGAUAGCCGCGGCAAAGGGCGGUUAUAAGGAUAUUGUGGAUCUGCUCCUCCAGAAUGGCGCCGAAAUCAAUGCAACGAGCGCGGAUGGAAGCAGGGGCCACGCUGUUUGCGAAGCCGCAAGACGUGGCGAGGUCGAAGUUGUGAAGUUGCUAAUUAGCGCAGGUGCUCGAGAUGUUGAUGCCGCU